AUGACGGUGAAGACACGGUGGAAACAUGAGAUUAACGACGGUGGAAACAGUGAGAUUAACGACGGUGGAAACAGUGAGAUUAACGACGGUGACCGUGAGGUUUACGACGGUGACAGUGAGUUUAACGACGGUAACGACGGUGACAGUGAGAUUAACGAUAGUGACAGUGAUAUUAACGACGGUGGAAACAGUGAGAUUAACGACGGUGAAGACCGUGAGGUUAACGACGGUGAAGACAGUGAGAUUAACGACGGUGAAGACAGUGAGAUUAACGACGGUGACAGUGAUAUCAACGACGGUGACAGUGAUAUCAACGACGGUGGAGACAGUGAGAACGACGCCGGUGAGACAGUGAGAACGACGCCGGUGGAGACAGUGAGAACGACGCCGGUGGAGACAGUGAGAACGACGCCGGUGGAGACAGUGAUAUCAACGACGGUGAAGACAGUGAGAACGACGCCGGUGGAGACAGUGAGAACGACGCCGGUGGAGACAGUGAUAUCAACGACGGUGACAGUGAUAUCAACGACGGUGACGACAGUGCCAGUCACACAAACCAUACUACCAUCAGUGGUUGAGAUUAACGACGGUGGAAACAGUGAGAUUAAUGACAGUGAUAUCAACGACGGUGACAGUGAGAUUAACGACGGUGAAGACAGUGAGAUUAACGACGGUGAAAACAGUGAGAUUAACGACGGUGGAAACAGUGAGAUUAACGACGGUGAAGACAGUGAGAUUAACGACGGUGACAGUGAGAUUAACGACGGUGAAGACAGUGAGAUUAACGACGGUGAAGACAGUGAGAUUAACGACGGUGAAGACAACGAGAUUAACGACGGUGAAGACCGUGAGAUUAACGACGGUGAAGACAGUGAGAUUAACGACGGUGAAGACAGUGAGAUUAUCGACGGUGAAGACCGUGAGAUUAACGACGGUGAAGACAGUGAGAUUAACGACGGUGAAGACAGUGAGAACGACGGUGAAGACAGUGAGAUUAACGACGGUGAAGACAGUGAGAUUAACGACGGUGAAGACAGUGAGAUUACCGACGGUGAAGACUGUGAGAUUAUCGACGGUGAAGACCGUGAGAUUAACGACGGUGAAGACAGUGAGAUUAACAACGGUGAAGACAGUGAGAUUAACGACGGUGAAGACAGUGAGAACGACGGUGAAGACAGUGAGAUUAACGACGGUGAAGACAGUGAGAUUACCGACGGUGAAGACCGUGAGAUUAUCGACGGUGAAGACCGUGAGAUUAUCGACGGUGAAGACCGUGAGAUUAUCGACGGUGAAGACCGUGAGAUUAUCGACGGUGAAGACCGUGAGAUUAACGACGGUGAAGACCGUGAGAUUAACGACGGUGAAGACAGUGAGAUUAACGACGGUGAAGACAGUGAGAUUAACGACGGUGAAGACAGUGAGAUUAACGACGGUGAAGACAGUGAGAUUAACGACGGUGAAGACAGUGAGAUUAACAAUGGUGAAGACAGUGAGAUUAACGACGGUGAAAACAGUGAGAUUAACGACGGUGAAAACAGUGAGAUUAACGACGGUGAAAACAGUGAGAUUAACGACGGUGAAGACAGUGAGAACGAUGACGGUGAAAACAGUGCCAGUCACACAAACCAUACUACCAUCAGUGGUGUUAACAAGAACGAGUGCCAACUAGGCCAAUUGCUUCGUAACUUUUAUUGUGUUUAUAUGAAACUUAUGCAUUAA